UCUUUUGUGGCGGUAAUUGUCGUUAAAAGGUUGUGUUGAUUUUAAGAUAGUAUGGAGUAUCAUAGCUUUUACCAAGUUCUAUGAAGCUAGACUACUAGUAUUUGUAACAGUCAAUAGUUUUUAUAAUUAGUGUCUAUACAUUUAUGAUACAUCACUCAUGAUGACACUUGCAAGAUGCAACCCAUGAACUUGGAAGAAUUAAGUUGUAAAAAAUACAAGGGAGAAAAGGAUGCGGUUUUAUAACAAGUUAAAUUGAUAAUCUUGAAAGAUGGAUUUUAACUAGUAGAAUAGGACCAUUUUAGACAAAAGCAAUGGGAAAUAUCUCAUUUGGGUUUGCGGCCCAUAUAGCAAUUGAGAAUAAGUGGUGCUGUUUAAGAGUUAUUAGGUAGCCAAAAACCCAUUUCCCGGGUAAAACCAAACAGAAAAUAAUGAUCAUCAAUUCCCAAGAAAAGAAAAGACAUGAACUUCUAUCCACAUCUUCAACUCAAAUAAUCUUUAAAAAUUGUUAGAGAAGUUGUAGUUAUGGCUGAUUCUUUGUGCAAGUUCUUGGAUGGUCGGUGCAUAACAGGUUCUCAAUUCUUUGCCACCUAUUUUUCUGCCCAAAAACCCUUCCUUUUCCCAACUCUUGUCAGAAGAAAAAGAAGAAGAAAAUCACUUCACAUUGCUUUCUGCUCCACACCCAUUUCCACAAAUCUUGAUGUUGUCUCUACCCAUGAGCAUUCUGAUGGCACUUUACUGUUUCGGUUUGGGGACCCAAGAGAGAUAGCGAAAGAGGAUGAAUUGGAGGAGCCCCUUUUGGAUAGUGAGGAGGAAUUUAGUGUGGUGAAGGUUUUAGAUGGUGAUAAUGAGAGAGAAGUCAUUGUCAAGAAAGUAGAGAGGGAAGCCAGGGGCGAGGCUGUGACUGUGGUCACUGAUGCUGGUGUCUCUGAAUCAGUAGUAAUUGGCAAUGGAAGGAAUGAUCUUGUCGAAGUAGAGACUGGAUUGAGUAAAAAUUUUCUUGGAGAUUCUGCGGUUGAAAUUGGUUCGUUUUCACCUGAAGGAAUUCAAAAUGAAUCUGUAGCUGAAGUCGAUAUUGAGAAUGCAGUACAUGUUGAGGAGAUUUUCGAAAAGAAAGAUGAUAGUGAAGCUUCAGUUCCACCACCACCAGAGAAUUCUAUUACUUCUUUGGAAGUUGAGGAAGAAAUGAUGGGUCAAACAAGUGAUGAAUCAUUUGAAGAAUUGGAUGAUGACAAAUCACUUGUUUUAAGUUCACCUACAGCAAUGCCUGUUUAUUCUGACUUAGUAAACACUAAGGAAAUUGAAGAAUUUGAGGGAGAAGGUUCAAGUCAAUUGACAGAGAAUGAUGGUGACAAGGAUUGCUGUUAUGAUUCAACUCAUUCGAAGGAAAAUGGUGCUGCUUCUGCUGAUAUUGAGGCAGCGCACAAUGAUAUUGAGAUUGUACAACAGAUAGAACAAAUAUCUGAAAAUAUUGGAAGUAUAUUGGAAGGGUCCACGGAGAGUGUUCCAGAAGGAAUUAAUCUGGGGAAUGCCAAAACUGUUGCUGACGAAAUUAGUCCAGAGAAUGCUCCCGAGGGAAUAAAUCUGGGGAAUACUGAAACUGUUGGUGACGAAAUUAGUCCAGACAAUGCUCCGGAGGGAAUUAAUCUGGGGAAUACUGAAGCAGUUGUUGACGAAAUAAGUUCAGACAAUGCUCCUGAGGGAAUUGAUAAGGGGAAUACUGAAACUGUUGUUGACGAAAUUAGUUCAGACAAUUCUCCUGAGGGAAAUGAUCAGGGGAAUACUGAAACUGUUGUUGACGAAAUUAGUCUAGAGAAUUCUCUCGAUGGAAUUGAUCUGGGGAAUACUGAAACUGUUGUUGACGAAAUUAGUCUAGAGAAGUCUCUCGAUGGAAUUGAUCUGGGGAACACUGAAACUGUUGUUGACGAAAUUAGUCUAGAGAAUUCUCUCAAUGGAAUUGAUCUGGGGAAUACUGAAACUGUUGUUGACGAAAUUAGUCUAGAGAAUUCUCUCGAUGGAAUUGAUCUGGGGAAUACUGGAACUGUUGUUGACGAAAUUAGUCUACAGAAUUCUCUCGAUGGAAUUGAUCUGGGGAAUACUGAAACUGUUGUUGACGAAAUUAAUCUAGAGAAUUCUCUCGAUGGAAUUGAUCUGGGGAAUACUGAAACUGUUGUUGACGAAAUUAGUCUAAAGAAUUCUCUCGAUGGAAUUGAUCUGGGGAAUACUGAAACUGUUGUUGAAGAAAUUAGUUUAGAGAAUUUUCUCGAUGGAAUUGAUCUGGGGAAUACUGAAACUGUUAUUGACGAAAUUAGUCUAGAGAAUUCUCUCGAUGGAAUUGAUCUGGGGAAUACUGAAACUGUUGUUGACGAAAUUAGUCUAGAGAAUGCUCCUGAUGGACUUGAUCUGGGGAAUUCUGAAACUUUUGUUGACAAAAUUAGCCCAGAGAAUGCUCUAGGGGGAAUUAAUCUGGGGAAUACUGAAACUGUUGUUGAUGAAAUUAGUCCAGAGAAUGUUGAUAUUAGGCAUUUGUCUAUGGAUGCUGAAGACCAGAGUAUCGAAGUCCUUAAUUUUGAAAAUGAUGAACAAACCGAGCUGAGUAAUUUGUCUGUAGAUACAGAAGAUCAGGCUUCCCGAAAUAGUACCUUCAAGGAUAGUGAUGUGACUGAAGUAAUGCCUGAUUCUCCUAAGCUGGAGGCUGAACCAGUUUUUGAUGAGGAAGUUGAUCACAACAUAAUAUCAGAGUCUAAUGAAAGUGAAAGUCCAUUGCCGUCAGAUGAAAAUUUGCCUAGCUUAUCCUUGGAAGAAGAAAGAAAAGAAGAUGUAGAAAACAAUGAGAUCAUGGAAGUGUAUGGUCAUGAAGUGGUUGAGGAUAAAUCUUCAGAAGUCUUAGUCAGCAGCAAGGAAGCUACGCCAGCAGCAGCAGAACUAAUUCUAUCUUCUGGUGCUACUUUAUUGCAAUAUCCCUCCAAGGCGUUCGCAGGUGGACAUGAAGCAUAUUUUAUUGCUUGUGGGAAGUGGCUAGGGGUAGCCGAUGCAGUUGGUUCCUGGUCAUUGGAAGGGAGUGAUCCAGGAGUAUAUGCCCAAGAACUCAUGCAAAAUAGUCAAUCCAUUGUUUCUCAGUGCGACAAGGAUUCAAUAAAUGACCCUAAGCAAGUCCUUAAUCUGAGCGUCUCAAAAACAGAUUCCCCUGGAUCUUCAACAGUCUUGAUUGCUCAUUUUGAUGGAAAGGCUCUUCAUGUGGCUAAUAUUGGCGACUCUGGAUUUAUCAUAGUAAGGAAUGGCAAUGUUUAUAGGAAGUCAUCACCCAUGCUUCAUGAAUUCAAUUUGCCCAUACAAAUUGAGAAAGGCGAUGAUCCAUAUCAACUUCUGGAGGAAUACAAGAUAGAGUUAGAUGAGGGGGACAUCAUUGUUACUGCAACGGAUGCACUUUUUGACAACUUAUAUGAUCAAGAAAUAGUAUCAAUCGCCUCAAGGUCACUGGAAGCCGACAAAAGUCCUCAGGAGAUUGCGGAGAUUUUGGCAACAAGAGUGCAACAAGUGGGUAGUUCUGCUUCGGGCAGAAGUCCAUUUGCUGAUGCAGCUCAAGCAGCCGGAUAUGUUGGGUAUACUGGUGGCAAGCGCGAUGAUGUGGCUGCCAUUGUAUCAGUAGUUCAAAAGGUAAUCGUGUCAAAUAACAACUAGUAACACCGCGGUAUAUACAUACAUGUAUAUACCUAGUUCCACGUAAAUUCUUUAAUGUUUCCCUUCCACUUUGUAAGCAGUUUUUUGAUGUCUCAAAGAAAGUAACUGUAACAUCUAUGUUGAUGGGGUUCAGUAAGCUUCAUUGAAAUGUAAAUUUAUGGCAUCUGAUUCCUAUUUCUACACCAUCAUGGCUGCUCUAGAAUGAUUCUAAUUAAUCAUUAUGUGUUCUUAACGA